AGUGUCAAAUCUGUCAUGGAUCGUAAGCUGGACCUGUCCCGUCUGACAGACGAGGAGGCUAAACAUGUGUGGGAGGUCAUCCAACGAGACUUCAACCUCCGCAGGAAAGAGGAGGAGAGACUCAGGGAGCUGAAGACCAAGAUUGAGAUAGAGGAUACAAAGCGUGAGCUGCUGUCUUCUCAGAACAAACUGACCGAGUCACUGUGUAUCCGCUGCUUACAGCCCUUCAAGUUCUUGGUGAACAGUAGGCGGCGCUGUCUGGACUGUCACAUGUUUGUCUGUAAGUCAUGUAGUCACUAUAACAAGAAGGAGCACAGCUGGGUGUGCGACAACUGCCGUAUGACCAGGGUGCUAAAGAUUGGUACUUUAGGGUUGUACAAUGACAACAUACGAAACCGCUUCAAGUGUUUUGGCAGUGCUAAGGUGAUGAGGUCACUGUACAAGAGGCUAAAGGGAGAAGGAGGCCGUGAUGAUGACACUCACAGCAUGCCAGACGCUCGCAGCAACACAUACAACGAUCAUGAGGAUGUCUACGUGGAGGCCGAAUCUCAGCGCUACAAACGGAUGAGGAAGAACAAACGUCUGCUGUCCGUCCAUCCCAUGGACUUUGACUCUGAGGAGUAUUUACCACAUUCACGGCGACAGUCUGUCCAGAAGCAGGAAGAAAGAGGAUACAGGAAUGACACAGAUUACGACAUGUACAACCACCGAAUGAACCGCAGGAAGAGCCUGGACCGCUACGCCGUCAGGCCCGAAGAAUAUAGCGACAGCAGGAUGGUUCGUACUCGCUCUCUGUCCAAGAUCAGUUCAUCUGUUGCCCGGCAACAGUAUGUGGACACCUCCGACGAGGAGGAGAAUCAGCGCAUGCCCUCAAUGUAUCUACAGCCCCCAUAUCACCGCCGCAACAGUUGCACCUUGUCCCAGGAGAACCAGGGCCAGGCUCCACCUAUUAAUGAGCUGAAUAAACGAAUGUUUGCUAUUGAAAGUCUGCUGAGCCGCCUGGAGAAGAAGAUGACGCCGCUCACAGAUGAGCCUUCAGUGUCCGCGGGUCAGAAUGAGGAGGAGAAGCUGAGGAGGAAGCUGAGUGAGCUGGCAGGAGACCUCAGUGAUAAGAGUUUGUCUUCAGACGAGGACAUUUGCAAAAAGAUGUCUUCUCUGCUCAAAGGGUUCCAAAGUGGCCCCACUGGGUCCCAUCGUGGCCCUGCAGCACUUGUGGAUCCCCUGACAGAACGCAAGCUGAGCUCAUCCAGUGAAGAGACGCCCACAGAGGCUCAGAAGAAAUCUACAGCUGCUGCCCUCUGUGACCUCACCACUGAGGUCCUGAGAACCAUUAAUGCCACAGAAAAUGUGAUGGUCGAGUACGGUGUCUCAGAGCCGUCCGACAGACCCCAGCUAGUGGCCGCUGAUGCAAAGCAGGCAGAUGAUGCUUUCAGGGGACUUGAGGAAAAUGUGUACAUCGCAGCAGGUCAGUCAUACGAGCUGGAGACGAACCUGCGGCUGUUGGAGCAAAAGGCCAAGAAUCGCUUUGGAGGAACAACAGACUCUGAACUGUCUGAGUUGGAGGAAGCGGUGGCGAUGACCUUCGCGAGGGUUCAGAGUGCUGACAGUGAGGUGUCAGAUAUAGAAAAUAAGAUCGCUGUACUCAGUGCUGCAGGUUCAAAAAAAAAGGUUUCAGGGUCACAGCAGAGGAAGAAGACAACGCCGGACUUUCACAGCGGAGGCACAGCUGGCGGCAAAGCGUGCGGCGAGGGCCGAGGCACGAGAGAUAAGGAUGAAGGAGCUCGAAAGACAGCAAAAGGAGAUGUCCGACGAUGACGAGCAGAUGUCCGCUGGGAGUCGUGGCAGCCUCAGGGUGGAGGAGCGUUCUGACAGAGACAUCCUGGAUAAAGGCUCCAGGACGGUGUCCACUCUGUCUGCUGCCACCCUGGCAUCACUAGGUGGAGUUUCGUCCCGCAGAGGAAGUGGUGACACAUCAGUCUCCAUGGAAACGGAGG